GUUCGUGCAAUAACGCGGUCGCGAUUAAUUGGAUUUUUUUGUUUGUGCGGCAGUUUAAACGGCCCGUUGUUGUGUUUUACGUGAUUUGUUCAGUGCCUGUGUCGCAAUUACGAUGGGAAAUAUACACACGGUCGGACCGAACGAGGCCCUAAUCGUAUCAGGUGGUUGUUGUGCGAAGACACGCAAAGAAACGAUAGUGGGCGGAUGGGCGUGGGCGUGGUGGGGCGUCACGGACGUCCAGCGUCUGUCGCUCGAGGUCAUGACGCUGAAUCCGAUGUGCGGUAACGUCGAGACGUCGCAAGGCGUCCCGCUGACCGUCACCGGCGUCGCCCAGUGCAAGAUUAUGAAGGCGGACGAACUGCUGCACACUGCUUCCGAACAGUUUCUGGGGAAAACCGUCAAGGAGAUCAAGAUGACGGUGCUGCAAACGCUUGAGGGUCACUUGAGAGCUAUUUUAGGAACGCUUACAGUAGAAGAAAUCUAUCGGGAUCGAGACCAGUUUGCGGCGCUGGUGCGGGAAGUGGCGGCGCCGGACGUCGGUCGCAUGGGCAUCGAAAUACUGUCGUUCACGAUCAAGGACGUGUACGAUGACGUUCAGUAUCUGGCGUCGCUGGGCAAGGCCCAGACGGCGAUCGUGAAGCGCGACGCCGACGCCGGCGUCGCCCUGGCGAAUCGGGACGCCGGAAUUAGGGAGUCGGAGUGUCAGAAAUCGGCGAUGGAUGUUAAAUAUUCGACCGACACGAAAAUCGAAGACAACUCGAGGAUGUUCAAGUUACAAAAGGCGAAUUUCGACCAAGAAAUUAAUACUGCCAAAGCACAAGCCCAACUGGCCUACGAACUGCAGGCGGCCAAAAUCCGCCAGAAGAUACGUAACGAAGAGAUCCAAAUCGACGUGGUAGAGCGCAAGAAACAAAUCGAAGUGGAGGCACAGGAGGUCCUAAGGAAGGAACGCGAACUGAACGCUACAGUCCGUCUGCCUGCUGAAGCCGAGAGCUACCGCGUACAAGCUAUCGCCGAAGGAAAACGGACGCAAACGGUGAAGAACGCACAGGCGGAAAGCGAGAAGAUCAAGCUUCUGGGUAUGGCGGAGGCCAGUGCCAUUUCUAGCAUAGGAAAAGCCGACGCCGAACGUAUGAGGAUGAAGGCAGCCGUUUACAAGCAGUACGGCGACGCCGCCAUCAUGUCCAUCGUUUUGGACGCCUUACCAAAGAUUGCCGCAGAAGUGGCGGCGCCUUUGGCCAAAACGGACGAGAUCGUGCUGAUAGGCGGUUCGGACAACACGACGGCGGAGAUCUCACGGUUGGUCGGACAGAUUCCGCCGGCGGUGAACGCCCUGACCGGCGUCGAUUUGUCGAAAGUGCUUGGAAAGUUGCCCGGUGCCACCACGAAGCCUGCAGUCGCUGCCGUUAACUAAUUACGUAUUAUUUUGUUUUAUUAAAUAGCCCCAGACGCUGCCUCAGCCUCGGGGUGGGAUUAUAUAUGAAAUGCCGCUUUGUUUACAGGUGAAAUUUUAUGGUAAAUUCGAGUCUAGUCCAUCGAGUGUUUCACUGUUCUGUUUAAAGGUGGAACGUGAAUUUGAAUAUUUUUUUCGAUUUCGUGCGUCGUUUAUGAGUUUGUGUUUAGAAUUUUUUUAUAAAUGUAUAUUUUUUAUAUUAUUAUUAUUGUUUAGGAUCGAUUGAAGUAAAAUACAUCCCCUUCUCAGGUCUAAAAAGAAUUCGUAGCAAAAUCUAGUUGAAAUUGUCUGGAUUAGUGUGAUAAUUCGGUUUAUUGUCUCAUGAAUCGUACCAAAGUAGAGUAAUUUAAACAAAACGAUAAUAAAUAAUCUCACAGUCGUCGAGAAAAUAUGGUGUUCAAUCAUUUUACUAAAAACAUUGUAAAUUGUAGAAAAAAAAUAACGAUUAACUAAAGCCCAAAAAAUUGUAGCCAUUCCAUCAAUUUCCAUAAGUUUUCCAUUCGAAAAAAACAGAUGGAAGUUGACGUACGUAAUUUAAAAAGAUUCGAUGUAUUUUUAUACUCCCCAAGACCCUAGUGUUUGUUUUAUCGUUUUGGUUUAUUAGCCGACACGGAUUUUAUUUCGUAAAAUGCGCCCCCGGAACACUCAAAACUGCCUGUGUAAAUUCACUCGGGGUCGCUGCACUAGAUGUGUGUUCAUUUAAAAUUAUGUCCACUUUUCUGUGUGAAUAAAAAUAUUUUAACUAAUGGCA